AUGGCUGUCCCUAUGGAAUUGCCGCUGUCUCAUAUAGACAUACCUCUCCCCGACCCACCAUCCCCGGAGUUUUUCAACGAGACGCAAUGGAAGGUGUGGUAUGCACUAAUGGACACGAUCGUCCCAUCCAUCGUCUCCACGCCUCGGGAUGGGUCCAACACAGACAACUACCAGAUCACACAGAGUCAACUGGACGCAUAUUACCAAGAGGCCCAGAGAAAACUGAGCUCUCCGCCGAGCCGCAAGGACUUUGAAGCUUUCCUGUCGGAAAAGCCAUCAGAUAGCCAGGCUUUCAAAGAUCAGAUAACCAGAACAUUGGCUUCUUUACCGAAAGACAUGAGAGAUCAACUCGGUACCAUGCUGAGUCUGCUGGGAACGAGACUCGGCAGUCUUCCGACCACUGGCUAUCUCACGCCAUUCUAUGAUCUACCCGCCGAGGCGAGGGAGAAGGUCAUCAAGUCCUGGCAAACGUCAUAUUUCACGGCCUUCCGUGGUCUGGCAAAGUCAGUAUCAAUGCUUGGGCAGAAGACCUGGGUACAAUCCAGCCAGUUGUUCCUGCAGUUGAGUGGCUGGACGGAUAUCCCAGAAAACUAUCGGGCGGGAAAGGCAGCCGAUUACACCUUCAAGCAGUUUGGCCCCGGAGCCGGCCCGGAGACCAUCGAAACCGACGUGGUUGUCGUUGGAUCGGGAUGUGGUGGUGGCGUCUGCGCAAAGGUGCUAGCGGAGGCUGGCCAUCGCGUUCUGGUUGUUGACAAAGGCUACUAUUUCUCCCCGGCGCAACUGCCGAUGAAGUCUCAUAUCGCCGAGAUCAACUUGUUCGAGAGCGGUGGCCUCAUGAGCGUUGAUGAUGGCUCAAUGUCCGUCCUGGCCGGGAGCACAUGGGGUGGAGGCGGUAGCGUCAACUGGGGAGUUUCCCUGCAGACCCCUGACUACGUGCGACGGGAGUGGGCGUCCAAGCGAGGCCUGGACUUCUUCACGUCCUCCGACUUUCAAGGCUCGCUGGACAGGGUUUGCGAGUUCAUGGGCGUGUCUGAUUCUGCUGUCCGACAGAACCAUCGGGGCCAGGUCUUGCUUGAUGGCGCCGAGAAGCUGGGGUGGAAGGCCAAGGUCACCCCCCACAACUCCGCAAACAAGGAUCAUCACUGCGGACACUGUCAUCUGGGGUGCGGCUCUGCCGGCAAGCAAGGACCGGCAGUCAGCUGGUUGCCUGCCGCUGCCAGGGCAGGUGCCGAGUUCAUCGAAGGCUUCCAGGUCGAACGUGUGACCUUUGACACGUUCGCGUCCGGGAAGAAGGCUUCAGGAGUUGUGGGCAAGUGGAUCUCCAGAGACCAAGAAGGAGGUCUGACCGGAAGCGUCACCGAGCGCGUCAGUCGGGAUGUCGUUAUCAAGGCCAAGAGAGUAGUUGUGUCCUGCGGCACCUUGUGGAGCCCUGUGGUUUUGAAGAACAGUGGUCUAGCGAACCCGCAAAUCGGCCGGAACGUGUACUUGCAUCCGGUCAACCUUGUUGGCGGCUUUUGGAAGGAGGAUGUUAAGCCCUGGGAUGGAUGUGCUAUCAGCAGUGUUUGCACUGCUUUCGAGGACUUGGACGGCCAAGGGAAUGGGACCAAGCUUGAGGGUGUGUGUAUGGUGCCAUAUCUGAUAUAUUCCAACCUUCCUUGGCGAAGCGGCAUUGACUUGAAACUUUCGGCGUUGAGGUACCGCCAUCUCAAUGCUUUCUUCUCAAUGCCGCGUGACCGCGAUACUGGCUAUAUCUAUCCAGAUCCCGUCACCGGCAAGCCACGCAUUCAGUACUCGCCAAGCGCUUUCGACCGGGCAAAUUGCAUGGAAGGACUCGUUGCACUGGCGAGGAUCUGCUACGUCCAGGGAGCAGAGGAGAUUCGACCUUUUCUCUCCGGUGUGGACUCCUUCAUCCGAUCCCCUUCUGGGGAGAAGACGGAGGCCGAAGACGAGAGGUUUGAGCAGUGGCUGCAGACUCUACGAGCCGCCGGCAACCCAGGAACUGAGCCGUGGGGCGGAGCUCACCAGAUGGGCUCAUGCAGGAUGAGCAAGUCCGAGGAGGAUGGCGUGGUCGACCCCAAGGGUAAGGUUUGGGGAGUGGAGGGUCUCUAUGUUGCGGAUGCCAGUGUAUUCCCCACUGCGACGGGUGUGAACCCCAUGGUGACGAAUAUGGCAAUCUCGGAUUCGAUCGCGCGGGGAAUUGCGGCGGACUUGGGCACACUGAAGUGA